GUUGAUCUAUGUAUUGUGUGGCCUCAGAUGAAGACUGAAGAGCAGCAGGGUGCUGACUGGCAGCUGUCUAAACACUGGGACACCUUCUUGUCAGGCUAGGCAGGUGGUACCUGGGGCCUCUCCCUCUCUAGGAACUCACCCCUGCUGAGGGAGUUGACCCUGGAAGAGCCAAGGUUCCCAAGACCCCAAUGUUUCCCAGAAAAGCUACCUAGGUGAGCCUGGGUGGUGGGAGCCUCUGGUUGCUAUGGUCCCGUUCUCUAUGGAAAAGGCAGGCUCCCCAAUUCUCGAUGGUCUCAAGGGAUCUAGAAUGCUCCCCCAGAGCCCCCAUAAGGGCUUUGCUCCUCAUUUAAUAUCCUUUCUACACCUUCCAGGGAAGUGUCAUUAGCUUCUACAUGGCAGGACUAAGACAGUUUGUCACACAUUGGCUAGGACCAUAUCCAUUUCUCUUUACUUUUAUUUGAGACAAGGUCUUAAUAGCCUUGACCUCCCUGUAUAGCCAUGGAUGUCCUUAUAGUCCCGAUCCUCCCUCCUCUAUCUUCCGGGUGCUGGGAUUACAGUUUAUGUGUGGCUGAGAUGGAACCCAAGGCGUGUACUCUACCAACUGAGCCCCAUCUGCAGUCCCUAGCCCUCGGCUUCUCAUGUAGAGACUCCGAGGCCAGGAAGAAAGCGACCUGCUUCCAGCCUCUCCUCACAGUGAGUGUGCCAGUGCUGGAACCCAGCCUUUACAGCUCCCUUUGACUCCCAUCUCCCCGUCUGGUAGUGGGAGCCUGAAGGGAACACCAGCCGCCUGGUUGGGUUGUUACCACAAUACAAAGGCUCUGGGCUUCCAGCUCUGUCAAGAUGACCAGGUAGUAUGGGACAUGCCCUUCUCUCUGAAAAUGCCUGCCCAAUUAAGAGGAAGGGUGGAAUGCUUGAAUGGGCUGGGCAGAGGUGCCAGAGGCCCUGUGUAUAUGCUUCAGGGACUCAGAUUGUCCUAAAGGUAAGAAGAGGGAAAGGCCACGCAGAAUGUGUGGGUGACCAUGGCCUUGGACUUUAGUGGGGGCUCAGAAGCAUCCUGUGGUCUUUGCAGUCUUGGAUGAGGAUUCCCCCCAAGUUUAUCUUGGUCCUAUCCAGAACAACACAACAGAUGACACCAGGGUGAUCAGAAGUAGGGGUGUGGAGGGAGAAUGGGGCAAGCCGUAUAGGGAAGAGGAGAUAGUCUAGGGUCAAUGAAAAAAGCCCUUGGACAAAGAAACAGUUGUAGGAGGGAAGGGAGCCAUUUGACUGAAAGACACGGUGAGUGGGUGUCCAUAGCUUAGCUUCUUACCUUUGGAAACCAAACCAGGGGUGAGCCUAUGCCAGAGACAACCAGUCCUGGACCCUCAAGCCUUUCUCCUGCUUCCUAGGCCUCCUCAGCCAACUCUUCUCGGCCACUUCCAAACACAAUGGAUACUCAUGACCUGUCCUGGGCCAACUGGAUGUGUCCCUUGCCUCUGGCACCAGCUAAAUCUUCCUUAUGGGCAUAUCCACAAGGCUCAGACCUACACCCUUAUGGCCUGCAGAAGACAUUCCUGGGCAUGACCCCACAGGGGCUCAGAGAGGACGCCUCAAAUAUGAGGCUCCAGUCACCAGACCUGCAUGAAGACUCUAUGCACACUGAGAAACCCACUGCCAAGGACUCACUGAACAGAGAUGAGACGGGGAACCAGCUGGAUAGAGGCUCCUGCCUACCCCUCCCUCCUCACACCAGCUCCUCCCCAGACCUCAGGAUGGACAGAAAGAGCCCCAGUCCCUCAACCUUUUGGCCCUGGCUUCCUCCCACUGCCAUCUCCGAGGAACUCCCUAUCCAUGCCUACCCAGUCUUCUCUGGGUACCCACUUCUCCUGCCUCCCCCUUAUCUAUUCACCUAUGCGACCCUACCUUCUGCCCAAUGUCCACACCUCUUCACGCUGCCCCCAGGCCCCUCACACCCCACUGUGGCCCCACCCAGCUUGCUUAUGACAGCCAAUGAAGCUGGGCUCCACAUCACCCAGGAGAAGCCCCUGCUUCUCUCCUCGGGGGCUUUCCAGAGUGCCCGACACACCCUAUGCUCCCGGGUCAGGGGUCAGAGUGCUAGAGAUACCUCAACCUUCUCCCCAGGACAGGCUGUUGUGGCAGCUCCUGCAAAGCAGCCAGGCUCCCAGGCCGGCGUCGUAACCCUGCCCUACCCUCUGAAGAAAAGGAAUGGUAAAAUCCUGUACGAGUGCAAUGAGUGUGGCAAGAACUUUGGGCAGCUGUCCAAUCUCAAGGUCCACCUGCGUGUACACAGUGGGGAGCGUCCAUUUCAGUGUGCCCUGUGUCAGAAGAGAUUCACCCAGCUGGCCCACCUGCAGAAGCACCACCUGGUGCACACAGGGGAGCGGCCCCACCAGUGCCGGAUGUGCCACAAGCGCUUCAGCAGCCCCAGCAACCUCAAGACCCACCUUCGCUUGCACUCAGGUGCCCAACCCUCCCAGUGCAACGUGUGUUCCAGGCGCUUCACUGCGAAUGUUCGUCUGAAGCUGCACCGUGGGCUGCAGGCUCCUCGGCCCUAUAGCCUGGCCAACAUCCCCCUCCCCUCUCUCACCUGCCUUGCCCGGUGGCACCGAGGACCACCGGGUCUCGUGGAAGCAUCACCAGAGAGGAUGGGCUGGGAUGGCAAGGUCAAGGUGUCCUCUGUGUCCCAGGGAAAGCAAGGGCAGCCAGCCUGAACAGUGGUGCUAGGGUUUCUCUGGGAAUGGAGUGUUGGCAAUUAAAAUAUUCUCUCAGUGCUGA